CAUGCGCCGCUGUGACAUAACAGAACUCGAGAGGCUAGAAAUGCUGGAGGCGCGUCGAGCGCGUGCAUUUCUCGCUUGAAAGCAGCCGCCAAUAAGCGGAAGUGAAAGUGACGACCGACGUUCGCCCCGAGGCUUGUCUGCCAGGUUACGGACAGGACGGCAAUGUAAAAGAUUUUUGGAAGAAUAAUGAAGGACGUUAACUUAAGCCUGACGGACCCCAGCAUGAAGCCACACCUUCGAGACACCGACGGGUUGCUGGGUUCCCCGGACCUGGGUCUACUGAAACUGUCCUCCCCGGACCUGGAGAGGCUUAUCAUCCAGUCGAACGGCAUGGUCACCACGACGCCGACCAGCGCUCACUUCCUGUACCCCAAAACCGCCGCGGACGAGCAGGAGUUCGCGGAGGGCUUCGUCAAAGCGCUGGAGGACCUACACAAGCAGAACCAGCCCGCAAGCAGCAGUCUGGAUCCGGCCGCUAACAUCAACAUGCAGCUGGAACGACCGGUGUACACCAACCUGAGCAGCUACGACACCGCCGUCGACGACUACUCGACGGACGCGGCGCCCUUCCCUCUCCCGCCGCUGUCUCAUCAUUUCAGCGUAGCCCCGUCGGCGGAACCGGAGCUCUCCCGGUGCCCGGCGGCCAAGGAGGAGCCUCAGACCGUCCCGGACGUGCAGAGCUUCGGGGAGAGCCCGCCGCUGUCCCCCGUCGACAUGGACUCUCAGGAGCGUCUCAAGGCCGACCGGAAGCGGCUCAGGAAUCGGAUCGCGGCUACCAAGUGUCGGAGGCGCAAGCUGGAGAGGAUCUCCAGGUUGGAGGACAAGGUGAAGACGCUGAAGAACAACAACACCGACUUGGCCUCGACGGCCGGCGUCCUCAGGCAGCAAGUGGCCCGGCUGAAGGAGAAGGUCCUGACCCACGUCAGCAACGGAUGUCAGCUGCUGCCGCACGAGGUUCCGGUCCACUAGGUCCACCGUGGACGUGGACGCAAGACUUUUGAUGUAUGAUCACAAAGCAGCUUUAUAGCACAUACAUGUGGAUAAAAAUGAACUUUGUUUGAGUAUUUACAGGAUUUUUUUUUCAGUAAAUGUAGGUCAAGGUGAUGCUUCCUGUGGCUGAGCCAAUCAGUGGCCACGAUCCUGAUUGAUUUGGUCUCCUCCAGUUACUACAGUAUUUAUAUUUGUACUUUAUUUAGCCACUAUUCUGCUUAAAAAUGCAAAAUUUAGGACCUGAACAUUGUAAAUGCCGCUCCCAGUCUGUGGAACGCUCUCCCUGACCACCUGAGGGCACCACAGACUGUGGAUGCUUUUAAAAAAGGCUUAGAAACCCUUCUUUUUCACAAAAUCCUUUUUUUUUAGAUAUAUGCAUACUAAUUUGAGCUAUUUGGCUGUUCUAGUUUUUAUUUUUAUUUAUUUUUUUAAAUUAUAUUUUUAUUUUUUAAUACACUGUAGCACUUUGAGGUUGUUUACUCAAUGUAAAGUGCUUUUUACAAAUAAAAUCUAUUAUUAUUAUUAAAUUGAGGAUGCAUUUUGAAAAAAAAAUACUGUCAAAUGACAUUCAAGUUUUAGACUGCAAACUACUUAAACAUUGCAUGUUGUUGACAAACUGGAAUGUAGCCCACAGUAGUGUCACAUGGUGAUAUGAAUCAGUUCGAAUUACAGUUGUGCGUUCUUCCAAAUAUUAUUUAUGUAUUUAUUCUCUUUUCAACGUUGCAAGCUGAUGGCUAAAACAAACAUGUGUCAUGUUUACAAUAAAUGCAGUAUCU